AUGAGUGACGUUUCCUGGCCGUCCGACUCCGACAGCGAGGGAAAGCCGCCUGGGUGGCGCCAAUGGUGGGAAAGGGAACCACCGCGGAGCGCCGAUCACUCGGACGAUGCUGACAAGGAGGAGGACGCCGCCGAUGACGCGGACGAGGAGGAACAUGCCGCCGACGACGAGGACGUCGAGGAACCUGCCGCCGAUGAUGUGGAAGAGGACGAGGACUCCGACGCGAAGUGGGCGCGGCUGGAGGAGGCCUUGGCCGCCGAUGAGAAGGCGGCCGCGAAAAAGAAGGCUCGCGCGAAGAAGGUAGCCGUGGCGCGGGCGCGGGCCGCGGUGACUGACGAGGAGGAGGACUACGACGGUUCGUCGGAGUACUCCUCGUCAGAUGAUGACUCCUCGGAGUCUGCCUCAUCGGACGACAACUCCUCGCCGGACAAGGCUUCUCGCAAACGGGGGCGCCAGGAUGACGACGAGGCAGAGUCGUCCUACAAACGUUCCAAGUAG